CAAGUACAACCACAAACUUGCAUUUACUCUUCACUUAUUUUCUCAUCAAUUUCAACUUAACCAACCACAAUUCUCGAUUUCACAUAGCAGCAGGUGCAGGUCAUGUUGGAGCUCAAUUUAGGGUUCCGCUUUUCAGCGUUUCUGCUUCUGUUGACCUCAAUCGAUUUCUGUUCGUUAGUUCAAUCUAGAUGCAACAGAGGUUGCGAUUUAGCACUUGGUUCCUACUACGUUGAAUCAGGAAACAAUCUAUCUUCAGUUUCCCAAUAUACGAUCAACGAUAUCGACACUAUUGCUAGGUAUAAUCGUGAUAUUAUCCAUAUUCGGGAUAGUCUUCCGUCCUUUAACAGGCUAAACAUUCCCUUCUCUUGCGACUGUAUCGCCGGGGAGUUCUUAGGCCAUGUCUUCAACUACGAGAUCCAGUCUGGAGAUACGUAUGAUGUGAUUGCGGAACUGAGAUAUGCGAAUUUGACGACUGCGGACUGGAUUGGGAGGUUUAAUACUUAUGAUCCAAACGUUAUACCUGUUAAUGCUCCUCUAAACGUGACGGUAAAUUGUUCGUGUGGGGAUGAUUCAGUUUCAAGGGAGUAUGGUUUGUUCGUGACGUACCCUCUUCGGCAAGGGGAGACUUUGAAUUCUGUUUCGUCGGCGGCGAAUCUUAGCUCCGACUUAGUUCGGAGGUAUAAUCCCGAUGUCAAUUUUGGUGCAGGAAGGGGUUUGGUAUAUAUUCCGGGGCCAGAUGCAAAUGGAAAUUAUCCACCCUUGAGAACCAGGUCAGGAUUAUCAGGUGGAGCCAUAGGUGGAAUAACUGUAGCAGUAGUAGCUGGGAUGCUGUUACUUGCAGGAUGCUUAUAUUAUGGAUUAUUAAAGAAAGCACAGAUUCAACUUAUGCAGGAUGUUCAAAGUAUUUCUCACUCCUCUUCUACUGCUUAUCUAUUUGUUUCUUUUUAUAACUUAUUCCCCAAUGGUUCUUCAGUUGGAGGUUCAGACUCUAGAGGUCUUCCUGCUGGUGUCUCUCCUCUCUUUACAGGUGUGACAGUUGACAAAUCUAUGGAGUUCUCAUAUGAAGAGCUUUCAAAAGCUACAAAUGACUUCAGCCUUGCUAAUAAGAUCGGUCAAGGUGGUUUUGGGGCUGUUUUCUAUGCGGAGCUCAGGGGCGAGAAAGCUGCUAUCAAGAAGAUGGAUAUGCAAGCAUCAAGAGAAUUUCUAGCAGAGAUGAAAGUUCUAACGCAUGUUCAUCACCUGAAUCUGGUGCGUUUGAUAGGAUACUGUGUUGAGGGUUCCCUUUUCUUGGUCUACGGGUACAUUGAAAAUGGAAACUUGAGUCAACAUUUACAUGGAUCAGGAAUGGACCCAUUACCAUGGUCUGCUCGAUUGCAGAUUGCCCUUGAUUCAGCAAGGGGUCUUGAGUAUAUCCAUGAACACACUGUCCCUGUCUAUAUACAUCGUGAUAUUAAAUCAGCAAAUAUACUGAUAGACGAGAACUUCCGUGGAAAGGUUGCGGAUUUCGGUUUAACAAAGCUGAUUGAACUUGGAAGUUCAUCUUUGCGCACACGUCUUGUGGGUACAUUCGGAUAUAUGCCACCGGAGUAUGCGCGAAAUGGGACUGUUUCUCCAAAGGUAGAUGUCUAUGCAUUUGGGGUUGUACUUUAUGAACUUAUUUCGGCCAAGGAAGCCGUAAUCAGAGCAAAUGGCUCCGAUGCUGAAGCUAAGGGCCUAGUUGCAUUGUUUGAUGAAGUUCUUAGUCAGCCAGAUCCAGAAGCCGACAUGGUCAAACUGAUUGAUCCUAGGCUUGGGGAUAGCUACCCUCUUGAUUCAGUUCGUAAGAUGGCUCAACUUGCCAAAGCGUGCACACGCGAUAAUCCACGACUACGACCAAGCAUGAGGUCCAUUGUGGUUGCACUAAUGACCCUCUCAUCCACCACUGAAAACUGGGAUGCCGGCUCCUUUUCUGGAAACCAGACUCUUGUCAGCCUCAUGCCCCACAGAUAGUCACCACAAAUUGCCAUCACUAAUUCACUAUGUCUAAACUACAUUAUAAAGCAUUUACCCAACACUCUUUAACAUUUUUUGCAAUAUGUACUACUAAU